AUGGCUAUUUCUCCCAUGGGUAGGGAAGAAAAGUUGCAUGAGUCUGAAGCGUCUUCCUCAACUCACUCAGAUGCAAAUGCGGACCUCAACAAUGAGAAAAAUGAUACUCCACAGCUUCACAAGUCUGAGCUAGCCCUGGCACAUGAUCCUGCGGCUGGCACCACUCUUCAUCAGCUUGAGAAUACGGCCUUAGAGAAAAUUGAGUUGACUGAAGAUGAAUGCUACGAUCAACUUGGCUAUGCUUAUCCAAGCUGGAAAAAAUGGAUGAUCAUCUCCGUGAUUUUCCUUGUCCAAACAUCUAUGAACUUUAACACAAGCCUGUAUUCCAAUGCUGUUCCUGGUAUUUCCGAGGAGUUUGGGGUAAGCAUGCAGGCGGCACGGUGUGGUGCGAUGAUCUUCCUGGUCUUGUACGCAUUUGGCUGUGAGCUCUGGGCACCGUGGAGCGAAGAAAUUGGUCGAAAACCGAUUCUACAACUGAGCUUGUUUUUGGUCAACGUUUGGCAACUGCCAGUUGCACUUGCUCCUAACUUUGCUUCUAUCAUGGUCGGCCGUGCACUUGGCGGCCUCAGCUCAGCCGGCGGCUCUGUCACCCUGGGUAUGAUAGCGGAUCUCUGGGAGGCCGAUGAGCAACAGUAUGCGGUAGCUUGUGUUGUUUUUUCCUCUGUCGGUGGUUCGGCCCUUGGUCCAGUUGUUGGAGGAUUUGUGGAGGCGUACCUACCCUGGCGCUGGAACAUUUGGAUUCAACUAAUCUUCGGAGGGUUUGUUCAGGUAGCUCAUCUACUUCUAGUCCCUGAGACACGGACCACAAUCAUGAUGGAUCGAAUUGCCAAAAAACGAAGACAAAGCGGAGAGAAUCCAAACCUUUAUGGACCCAACGAGCUUGUCCCUUUUAGCGAACGUUUCUCCGCGAGAGAAAUUCUUAUCACUUGGAUUCGUCCCUUUAAAAUGUUCCUGACCGAGCCAAUAGUGCUAUGUCUGUCCUUGCUAAGUGGAUUCAGUGAUGCUUUAAUCUUUAUUUUUAUCCAGUCGUUUGGGCUUGUAUAUGACCAGUGGCACUUCAGCACAGUGGCUAAAGGCUUGUCCUUCAUCCCUAUCCUUAUCGGUUACUUUAUUGCAUGGAUUUCCUUUAUCCCAGCCAUUAGGAGAAAUAUUGGAGAGCGACGGAUGAAACCUGACGAUGAGCAUACCCAAUAUGAGUCUCGACUGUGGUGGUUACUAUAUACGGCCCCGUGUCUACCAAUCGGCUUAAUUGGUUUCGGAUGGACCAGUUUGGGACCUCCAGUGCAUUGGAUGGGGACUAUGGUUUUCUCUGCCAUUGUCGGUAUUGCUAACUAUAGCAUCUAUAUGGCUACCAUCGACUACAUGAUCUGCGCCUAUGGACCUUAUUCUGCUUCAGCCACGGGAGGAAAUGGAUGGUCAAGAGACUUUUUGGCUGGUGUUCUUACAAUCCCUGCCACGCCUUUCUACCAAAACAUUGGUGGUAAACAUCACCUAGAAUAUGCAUCUACAAUUCUUUGGCAAUUGCAGUACAAGGUGGAUGCGUUGAUUGAACAAGGAUGGAAGUUGGAUGAGGACGGCAUGGGGGUGCAGAAGACGUUCUAUUUUCGGUCAUAUUUUAAGGCUGUGGCCUUUGUCAAUGUAGUUGCCUCGCAGAGUGCUUCCCAGAAACAUCAUCCUACCAUGACUGUCCGUAUUGGCUCUGUCGACGUCCAUUGGACUACACAUCAUCCUCGUGGCCUCACUGAUAGAGACCUAACAAUGGCACAACACUGUGACGAGGCAGCGGAGAUGAUGGGCACAGUGGAACAAGGACAGGGUCAAAAGUGCAGCCCAGCCCCGACACCCGGAAGACGUCAGUCUUGA